AUGGCGAACACGUUCAAGAGCUUGGACAUUGGGGACUUUGACCACUUGCCGCAGGACAUGUCCGAAAGCUGGGGCUUGGAGGACAUUGCCGUUUUGGCUUGCAGGUGGACCAAGGUGGCUGCUGGUGCUGCCGCUGCCAAGCGCAGGGCCAAGCAGCGAAAACAAACCAACAAUGUCAUGCGUACACUGAUCAACUCCCUCAAAACGAACAGCACUUGGAUCACCUCCUUGCGUCUGGAAGACUGGGAUCAGGACCCCAGGCCUAAGCUGAUCCCCUUCCCCAAAAUCAAACAGCAACUUCGAAACGGUGACGCCGUGGAAGGAAACAUCACCGAAAUUUGGACGCGUAAGGAAAUGGACGAACUCUCUUUGCUUUGGAAAAGCUUUGAAGAUCCCGCCCCCUUAACCGCCCUUCUCUUCGGAAACGCCAAGGAUUACCCUGCGGUGCUUCACACCAGAAUCAGCACCACCCGAGGUAACCAUGGACCGCAAACUGAACACGUGGCCCUUGUUCAGGCAGCCAAAAAAGCCAAGCUCAGUCCUUCCAAGUCUUUCUACCCGCCCUCUGAUCCUGAUGAUGCCAUUGGCAAAGGUUGGUCUCUUAGGGAUAUGGGAGGUGAGGGAGAUUGCUUUUACCGGUGCGCCGGCACUGCUACUUCCAAAGAACCGACCAAGGUCACUGAGGAAUCCGCGAAGAUCCAAGGUAAGGUCCCCUCCAACUGGUUAAAAGAAACCCCCAAUGUGGUCAUUGACCUUCGAGGUGCGGGCAGGCUCAAGAAGCGCUUGAUGCUCGUUGGGAACAACACCACAAAGCGUACUGUGAACUCAGAUGGCCUGGCUCCCAUGAUAUCGAGCUCAAACCGUCUUCAUGGAGAAAAAGUGGAUCGGUCGGUGUCAAAGCUUUCCAUUUGUGCAAACUUUGUGGACUGGAAGUUUCUCGCGAUGCCGUUGUACGACUCUCCGGAGCCUGUUGAGUGGAAUGAUGUUGCUGUUUCGAAUCAACACUGGAGCAAAGCUCUAAAAGACCCCGAAACGGCCUUUAAAAUGUGGGCUUCCGAUGCCGAGCAAUGGCUGGUGAAAUCUGGUUUCUUGCAGGAUCAACGUCCCGAAAAAACCUUGGCUGAUAGCCCCAAACUGCUAUCUGGAGCUCACCGCAUGGGAUCCCUUCAGAGCCUUGCUGAAAGACAAAUCCGAAGGUUGUUGCGAAGACUGCAGGAAGCUCAUUUUCUACAACUCCACGGACGACCAGUUCCCACACCCCUGCGAAACAGGUUGAUUUGCAAUGGGUCUGUGCCUCAAGCUGAGCGUGAUGCCAUCAAACGCGGGGCGUGGGGACUGGCCAUCAAACUCGUUACUGAGCGUUUACGUCUGAUUCAGACCAACGCCAAGAACCAAAGAGUUUCUGAGUGGAAGAAAUUCGUGCAUACCAUCCCUGGGGCAUGCAGGUGGGUACAACGCGAAUCUCCCAAGCCCAUGGUCAUUGAACUUGGUGGUGGCAAUGUGGUUACCUCCCCUGUUCAAGCUGUGGAGUUUCUCUCGCAGGGCAUUCCUCAGGGUGACGGUUGGUCUCCUAUUGCGUUGUCCUUGGUCUUGUCUGUUGUCCAACGGUACCAAACUCGCCACGUCCCGUGUGCCAAAACUUUGUUGUAUAUCGACGACCGUACUAUCCUUGCGCGCAACAUGCAGGAUCUCACGAAUGCACUUCACCUCUGGCAACGGCUGGAGGAUGUUACGCGCAUGCGCACUAAUGCUCGCAAAACCCAGCCCAUCGCGCGCUCGGGGGAUGCGUACGAAUCUCUCAAACAGCAGGGUUGGGAGGCUCUUCGGGUGGGGACUGUGCUUGGGGUCUCUCUUGGCAUGUGUCCUCGGUCUCCUACUCUGAAUGAAACUAAACGUGCUGAUGGUCUCGCUACCAUUGCUCGGCGCAUCGGUGUGCUCCCUGUCACGCGUAAGUUUCGCGCACUGCUUGCUUCUCUCGUCUUGACCAGUAAAGCGUCCUGGGGCUGGGUUCCCAAUGGACUUCGGUUGCCCUUCGCUGGUCGCGUCCCCGAGCUAGGGAGCGACUUCAAAUGCGGCUCUGAUGUGAAGUCACAUUUGCUGGUAGCAUACAUGGGUUCGAGCCAGUCGUUGUCGGUAGCGUGUUGA